AUGGCGGCGGCGAUUGCACGCAGGGCCCGUAGACGGCAGGACCUGAAUAACACGCCGGCGUUCGAGCGAGACAUGAACGAUAUGGCAGCGCACGACCUAUACGAACAACUUCUCCUCAGUAGCAUUCGCAACGGCAGCGACCCGAAUGCAAGGGCGGUGACCGAGGUGUACGAGGGCUACGUGGAGCCGAACUACGACCCAGUGAAAGGGGCGAGCGUUGCUGCUAGCCAUAGGCAAGUCAUUCAGGAGAUCUUUAAAGAGCGCGAGGUUAUCAUCCGCACGCUGCGCUCAUCAGAGGAGCACCGUGAGCUCUCUGCCUUUGACCGGCUCCUGCGAGAGACGGAGUUCUACACGGGCGUUCGGGAGUGGAAGGGGGCAUCGGCGCGCGGCCAGCGCAGCCGACUGUACCGUCACACCAGCCGCGACAACGAGGAGGAUUCGACCGGGUUCGACAUGAUGCAUCUGACGGAUACGCCAUCCUACAUCCGCGGUAAACUGCGACCUUAUCAGAUCGAGGGUGUUAACUGGCUGCUCGGCCUCUUCUCGCGCGGCGUGAAUGGGAUUUUGGCGGAUGAGAUGGGCCUGGGCAAGACCUUCCAGACCAUUGCCACCAUCGCGUACCUCAAGUUCACGGUAGGUAUGCCGGGUCCGCACCUGGUCGUGUGUCCAAAGUCUGUGAUGGGGAACUGGUACCGCGAGUUCAAGCACUGGUGCCCCGGGCUUUCGGUGUACAAGUUUCAUGUCUCUAGCGAUCUUCGGCCAAGCAUCAUCAAGGCACACUUGCACCCUACCGAUCGCAUCAAGUAUGACGUUAUUGUGACAACUUUCGAGAUGGUGCUGGACGAGCUCAACUUGUUUAAGCGCAUUGCAUGGCAGUACUUGAUCGUCGAUGAGGCCCACAAGCUGAAGAAUGAGGAGGGGCGCGCCCACACCGCGCUCGACUCGCUGCAGACGUCACACCGACUCAUUAUCACCGGUACACCUCUGCAAAACAACCUCAAGGAGCUAUGGGCGCUGCUACACUUCUUGGCACCACGCCUGUUCAACGACUCUGAAUCCUUCGAUGCCUGGUUCGACACCACGUCGGGCCAGCAGGACACCAACGUCAUGUCAAACCUGCACAAGAUCCUCGCUCCCCUCAUGAUCCGUCGGCUCAAGGCUGAUGUGAGCACUGGCAUCCCCGCGAAGAAAGAGAUUUACGUUUCGUGCCAGCUCUCCAAGAAACAGAGGGAGUGGUACAUGAAUGUCCUCGCGAAAGACGCUGAGGUACUGAACAAGGCCGGCGGCAGCGUUGCUUCUCUGACAAAUGUCAUGAUGGGACUGCGAAAGGUGAUCAACCACCCGUACCUCAUGGAGGGCGGUGAGGAGGGGCCUCCAUUCGUCACAGAUGAAAAGUUGGUGCGAACUAGCGGCAAGAUGAUCAUUCUGGACAAGCUGCUGCACCGCUUGAGGGCUGAUGUGCAGGGCAAGCACAAGGUGCUCAUCUUCUCCCAGUUCACCUCGAUGCUUAACAUUUUGGAGGAUUACUGCAACAUGCGCGGCUUCAUGUACUGUCGCAUCGAUGGCAACACCAGCGGCUACGAGAGAGAUUCCCAGAUGGCAUCUUUCAAUUCCCCCACGAGUGACUACUUCAUUUUUCUGCUAUCCACCCGCGCUGGCGGUCUCGGCAUCAACCUGCAGGCUGCGAAUCACGUCAUUCUGUACGACUCCGACUGGAACCCGCAGAUGGACCUGCAAGCGCAGGAUCGUGCGCAUCGGAUCGGCCAAAAACGUAGUGUGCGCGUGUACCGCUUCGUCACGGACGGUACGCUGGAAGAGAAGAUGUACCGCCGUGCUCUGAAGAAGCUCUACCUGGAUGCUGUAGUGGUGCAGCAGGGCCGACUGCAGUCAAAGGCGACGAAUCAGGCGUCCAAAGAGGAGCUGCUGUCCAUGAUCAAGUUCGGCGCCGAGGAGAUCUUUAAAACACGCCACGAAGACAUCACGGAGGCCGAUAUUGAUCGCCUGCUCGACGACGGCGAGACGAUCUCGAACCAGCUGACGAACGAAGCCAAGCAGCAGGUGCAAAUGUCCCUCGCCAGCUUUCAGCUUGGCGCGGAGGAGGCGAACAUUUACGACUUUGAGGGCGUGAGCUACAAGACCGGCGCAGAGUCGCGCAUUUUGCACGUGAAGCUGAACUCCCCGGUGAGCCAGGCGGAGUUGCAGGCGCAGUGCUCGCAAUACGGGGAGGUGAUCAAGGCUGUUCUGCACCCCAACCUAAAAGAAGCGCUGGUUUAUUUUCGCUCAACACGUGGCGCCAUGGAGGCAAAGGCGAAGUUGCCCUACGAAUCGUCCUUCGCUAGCCGAGACUCGCAGACAGUGGUGUCGAAUGACAUGAUUGCGCAGUGCAUUGGGGUGGGAGAGAAGCUGGGCCGCGGCCACCGCGUGCGUGAGCCGGUGCAGUUCUUCUCCGAGGCGGAUGUGGAGUCGAUGCAGAAGAAGGCGACCAAGGCACCGCCACUGAAACUACCUAGGCUCCCCAAGUUUCACCCCUACCAGUUGUACAACGCGAAGAGGCUGACGGAGUUGCACAACACGGAGGUGGCGCUGAUGGUUCGAAAUUGGAAACGCAAAUAUGAAGAGAAAAGUGACGUGCAGAAGGGCAAGGCGAACAACGAGGAGGGGGGUGUCGACGGGGCAGACGACAAGGCCGAGGACGAGGACGAGCUCCUGACCGAGGUGGAGCAAGAGGAGCGAGAGCGGCUGUUGACGGAGGGCUUCCCGACUUGGACCUUCUACGAGUACCGCUCGGUAGUGUCAGCCCUUACCAGCGGAAAGAUGGACUCCACCGACUACACUGCUAUCGCUGCUGUAGUGGGUGGGACCAAGACGGUGGGCGAGGUGCGUGACUACGUGGUGGCACUGCUGGAGCGUGGUGAACAGUGCAUCAAGAAAUUUGCCUUCGUGGAAGAGCGCAUCAAAAAAGCGAAAAUGAGGCGCGAGGCGCGAGAGAACCUCUUCAAGGCUGCCAAGUGGAAGGUGGAGACGUGCGAGCACCCAGAAAAGGAGCUCACCUUCAAGACACGCGGCAACGUAGCACUCGACCGAGAGAUCUUUCUUAUGGCCUACGAGGCUGGGUUCAAGGCGGACAACAAGAGCGAGCUGGUACGUGGUCGCCCCCAGCACAUUUUCAAUGUCUGGUACCAGUCCCGCCCUGAUGACUUCUUUAGGAAGCGUUUGCACACGUUGAUGAAGUCGGUACAACGAGAGUGGGAGAAGCCGGCUGACGAUAACGGUACCAUUCCAAGUAAGAGUCGCCGUCGCCUGGAAAUUUGA